AGAUAUAUAAAGCCUUUUACAUUAAAAAGAAAAAGAAAAAAAAUAGAAAACACAAACCAGGACUACGCUUAACGUUUAUCUAAUUCUUGUCCUAGUUUGAGUUUCAUUGUUUUCUCUUGCAUUCACUAUUGUGAUCAUAUUCUUUGUAAUACAAUUUCAAAGUUAUCCCUACUAUAACUAUUUAUAUUUAACUCAUUUUCAUACGUAUGACUAGUUUGAGAAUGGAUUAUUGGUCUGCAUCAUAUGCAACAAAAGCCUAUCUAGAUACCCUUGAGCUGUGUGGAAAUCAGAGGAGACAUUAUCGAAAUGAGACAUGGAAAACACAGGAACCAGGAAGUAACGAAUUCGUAUCGGCAUUAGCAGCAGGGAUGAAAGCAAAGCUAAUAGUAGAGGUAACCACAAGCGCUUCGCCAUCAACGAUAGCAUUAGCGGCUGCAGCAAGACAGACAGGAGGAAGAUUGGUUUGUAUCCUCCCAGAACCAGUACUAGAUGAAUCAAAAAGAGUAAUCAAAGAUGCGGGUUUGAAAGACUUGGUUGAAUUCAAAACUGGGGAGCCUUCAGAGCUGCUUUCGGAUUACGAAAACAUCGAUUUCUCUCUGGUUGAUUGCAAGAACGACGAUUACACAAGGUUGCUGAACAUGCUAGAUGUUAAUCCAAGGAGAUCAGUGGUUGUGGCAAAUAACUUGGUGGGUGAGAGAAAAGGGUGGGAAGGAAAUGUAAGAAGAAAGAAUAACAAAGAGAAAGUUGCUGUUAGAUCUUUGAAGAAUCCAAUAGGGAAAGGAAUGGAAGUGACAGUGAUUGGGAGGAAGAGAAAUGAGAAUGAGAAGAGAGAUUGGGGUGGUGGUGGUGGUGGUGGAGGGAUAUCAACAUCAUUUCCUCCUUCAAGAUCUGUGAAGAAGACUAAAAGCAAAUGGCUUGUUAAGGUUGAUAAGGAAAGUGGUGAGGAACAUUUCUUCAGGGUGCCUAAAUAGACUGCCUAAUUUGAGCAGCAACAGAGCUGGUGGUAUUUUGCCCCUAUAUAUAUCUUUGGGGUAUGAUUUAAAUUUGCAGAACUAGCAGUGGAGGAAGAUUUUAUUUUUGUUGUGGUGAAAAUUAAGUGAUGUGCAACGGAGAGAGAUAUGAUGGAAAAUUUUGGGUGAAUAUGCAAAUCUCUCAUUGCUUUCUUAGAUUGGAUAUCCUUCACACAUACUAUGAAGGGGCUUUAAUUAUUAGUUCUGAUUAUUUGCUGCUUGAUGGUUAAAUACUCAGAGAAGGAACACUACUAUGGGAGUCUGCUGAAAGCUGCUGUAUAUGCAUGGCUUGGUGGUUUUUUAUAAGAUCCUCUUGGUAUAGAGAAAUAUUGUUGGGUUAAUUUGCAAACCAAAUUAAUGCCGACUGAACUUCAUCCAGAUAACAUGAAACUUAAAUUAAAAAUGUUGCAUAUUUAUUCUCACAAUAACAUGUAUAUAAUAAGCUAGAUGUUUUUUUGUAUGGAAACCUCUACUUAUUUAUUAUUAUAGAGAUAUUAUUUA